AUGCCAUCGCGCAAGCGCGCCCGUGCUCCGUCCACGGCGCUGGUCGUGCGGGCCGAGCCCUCUGAGGGCAGCCUGCGCGCGGGCCUGGCCAAGCUGUGGCGCGCGGGCACCUGCUGCGACGUGGAGCUCGUGGUGGAGGGCAGGAGCUUCAGCGCCCACCGCGUCGUCCUUGCGGCCGAGUCGCCGUGCCUCGCCGCGCUGGUGUGCGGCGGCUUCGCCGAGGCCGGGAUGCCGCGCAUUGAGCUUCAGGAGAUCUCCUCCUCGAUCUUCGAGCGAGCGCUGGACUUCCUGUACCUGCAAGAGUGCACGCUGGCUUCGCAGGACGAGCUGCAACCGCUGCUCCGUGCGGCGUGCCACUUCCAGAUCGCGCCGCUGCAGGCGGCAUGCGAGGCCGCUGUCGCAGAGCGCCUCGACGCGUCCAAUUGCCUUCGCGGCCUGGCCCUCGCCGACGCGCUGACGCUCUCGUCACUCCGGCAGAGCGCCACUGACGUGGCUCUGGCAUCCUUUGAGGAGGCGGCGGCUGCGGAGGACGGCGCGGCGCUCGCCGCGCUGCCCGCGGCUAUGGUCGGAGCGCUGCUGGCGAGCGACGAGCUCAAGGUGGCGAAGGAGGAGGCGGUUUUGGGCGCGGCGAAGGCGUGGCUCGCCGCUCAGCAGCCGGCGGCCUCGAGCGAGGUGGCGCGCGGGCUGCUCGAGCACGUUCGGUUCCCGCUCGUCGAUGACCUGGCGGCGCUCGAGCGUGACGAGCUUCUGCUGCAGCACCCAGCGCUGGUGAUGCGAGCGUACCGCGAGAAAGUGACGGGCGAGGCGACUCCCCGCACGCGCCGCCGAGGAAAGGCCCUUUCCUACGAGGAUCUCGAGAUUGGCAUGGCGGUGCAAGUGAGCGGCGACGCCGAGUUCGUGAAGGAGCAGUGCAAGCAGGUGGCGCCUGGAGCCGACGGGAUAGCGGGAUGGACUGAAGGAGGAGUCAUGGAAGCGAUGGUCGGCCACGAGUACAAGAUCGUCGCUCUUGGCUCUUGCUUUCGGGCGGCGAAGCUUAUCCAGGACGGUGGGAGAAGCUUCUGGUUUCCGUACACCGUGCUGCUGCGCGCGUGA